AUGCCACGUCUUUCUCCAGCCUUGAUCCGCCAGGCCACAUUGGAAAAUCCGCUCCUGACUCUCCUCCUGCAAGUAUGUCGCGACCUACCGUCCGCGCGGAACGAGCUGCGGUGGCUCCGAGAACACGCCCACGAUGCCGUCCAUGCAAAGAGAUACGCCAGUCGCGGCCCGCCUGUGCCUCAUGCAGAUCAAGGAGUCGAGACUCCUCAAGAGAUAGGCGGGCCUGGUACGUCGGAGAAGGCGCAAGCUGAAGACGGCCAUGUCCCUACGGAGUCGACCAAGCAAGGCUCGGGUACCGUCAGCAAGCCCGAGGCCGUGUGGAGAAUGGUCAACAGGAGGCAUCUGAUCAAGUCAAAUCAGACGUACGUGACAUUCCGGAUCAACUCUGGCGAAGCCGAGGUCGCGACCGAAGCAAAUGCCACAUCACACGUUCAAGCACACGACAACCAGGCAAGUGAAGAGGUAUCUUGCACCGUGAAUGCUGGGAUUUCAGACCGGAGAAAUAGCAGAUCCCGGACCACACAUCAAAAGCGGACAUACGUCCCUAAGGAGAAGAAGGGACGCAGGAUUGCGAAGAUAUCCGGCCGACAGUUCGUCACGUUUAGGACAUGGUCACCUCACAGCAACCACCAACUGAGGUUACUCGGCGAAACUGUGCAGGUCCCGCUAAGUAGUCACACCGUCAGCAACGCUCAGGCUCAGGCUCAGAAGCUACUGGCCCACAAUGUCGAUAGGAGAUCGAAAGGAAUGCCUCUGCAGUACAUUAUGGGAAGCCAACCAUUCGGAAAUCUCGACAUUUUGUGCCGGCGCGGCGUUUUGAUACCCAGACCCGAAACUGAGAUGUAUACCGAAAAGGCGGCAAAGCUGCUGUUGGCGGCCCUUCCUGCCACCCAGUCAACGGAUGGACCUUGGUGGCAGGACCGCAGCAGCAAGGUCCGCAUCUUGGACCUCUGUACCGGGACUGGCUGCAUCGCGCUAUUGCUGCAUUCCCUUCUCAAGCCAAUUGAUCCCACCAAGCCGAGUCUGCCUCCUGGACUUGAUCUCGAGAUAGUCGGUCUCGACAUCAACCCGCGCGCCGUCAGAUUGGCGCGCAAGAAUCUCCACCAUAGCGUCUCUCAAAAGCUUCUUCAUUCCGAUGCAAUCCACUCUGUAUCGUUCCAGCAAGUAGACGUUCGGGCUCUGGAAAAGAAACAGUACAAAGAAGGGGGGUCAGACGACCAAUUGCGCAAGACCGUCAACGCUGCUGCAGCAGGAGUGUCUGACGAGGACAUCGACUCUUCCCUCGCAAGCGCCCCUUGGGACAUGGUCAUCGCAAACCCUCCUUACGUUGGCCCGAAGGACUAUGAGUUGGGCGGAAAGACUGAGCCGAGCGUGCGCGACUACGAACCUAAAGAGGCACUCGUACCUGUGGUUGGUAGACACUACAAAGCCUCGGCAGAGAAGCAGGCCGACCUGUUCUACCGACCACUUCAUCACAUUGCCCGGGCAGUGGGUGCGCAACUUAUGGUCAUGGAGGUUGGUGAUUCCAGCCAAGCAGCUCGAGUCGGGAGCAUGGUCGUGGGCAAAGCCUGGGGCGUAAAUUCAAGAUCAAGUGACGAUCGCCCCCAAGCAUUCUCCUGGGACGACGGCAUGCGACUCGAAGCAUGGGGAGACGACUCGGCCGUGCGAGUCCUAGCAGCCGCCCAGACACUCUCUACCCCUAAAAUCAGCAUCGCUCGAAAUCCAGAUCCAGAAGUCUCCGACCGUGCUAUCGUUGUGUGGUCCGGAAAGCUCGCCGACUGGCGUUGUCGCACGCUCCCCAUGUCGAAUCGUACCGAUUCAGCACCAAAGGAGGUCAGAGCAAAGUCGAAACACGCGAAAGAAAAGGCGAUCGUAGCACCAGAAAACGCCAGAGCACCAGAAAACGUGAGAGCACCAGAAAAGGUCAGAGCAACAAGGCCGAGGCACGCGAAAAAAGAGGCGGCCAUACCUCGGAAGGUCAUGUCAUCGGCUCGAAAGCCCGAAGCGAAUAAUACCAAGAACGACGCGCCCCCCUCUCGAGCCUCAUGUUCCAGUCCUACUGCGAUCUCCAGCGCGGGUGCGCACGAAAAGACAGCAGCGAACACAGGCAUUCAAGGAGCGAUGGAAGCCUACCUGGGAGCCAGGAAAAGGCCAACAGGACUAAAGAAGUGGCCGGAAGAUAUGAUUGGAAAACCGGCUGAGCUUAAAGGAGCGUCGGUGAGAUGA